GUACACUUCAAAUUAAUUUUAGAUCAAAUUUUAAUUUUAUUAUUGUUAAUUCAAUGAUUAGGGGAACAAUUAUUCUCUUCUAUUGAUCAAUUCUUUUUCAAUUUAAACGCAAGUCAUUCAUACCUGAAAUCCGCACUUACAGCAUAUCCGCUUAUUUGCUUGAAUUUGCAGCCAUUGAUUUGUGGAAAACUCAGAUUCUACAUUACAUUUCUGCCCAAUCCUGAUUUGGAAAUUAAUAACAAAAAAGAGCAAAGUAGGAAUAGAAUCAAUUACCAGUAGCCUCAGAUGGUGUACCAAGAGUAAUAUAACUAAAAAUUGACCAGGCCAGCCCCAUGAAAAUUCAUCACUUUUUCAAAUUAAAUCAUUUUUCUUGUUAUAAGAUAAUAAUACCCUUAUCUUCUUCUUGGGAUUUCGUAUUCCAAGAAUCUAUUCCAGUACUGGUAAUGAACAUAUAAUUGCUUCUCCUUUGUCUCUUCUCUUUGAUUGCUGCCAUGCCAUAUUUAUUGUAAUCCUUCACAUGUGAACCAUUUUAUAUCUUAAAUAUUUUCAACUCCAGCUACCUAGUCUUAGUCUUCUCUUGUAUCCUUCUGAGCUGUUUCUUAUUUCCCUUCCUUUUACUCUAUGCUUUUUUUGCUCUUCUUUUUUUCUUCAAGACUCAUAUGGAUGAAACAGUUUGCAGGUUUGCAGCGAAUAUAUUCUUGAAGUUUGUGAUUGGAAUACAGAAAAUGUUAUUGCAGAGGACUUUCUGGGUGGUUUUUGUAUUGAUCACUGGACUUGCUGCUGCUAAUUUGCAUACUGUGGAGGGUAGGCCACAUCGGAUUCUCCUGGAUACAGAUGUAGAUACCGAUGAUUUCUUUGCUCUUUUGUACAUCUUGAAGCUUAACAGAUCAGAAUUUGACUUGGAGGCAAUUACUAUCAAUGCAAAUGCAUGGACUGAUGCAGGGCAUGCUGUGAACCAAAUCUACGACAUUCUUUACAUGAUGGACCGCGACGAUAUACCGGUUGGAGUGGGAGGUGAGGGUGGAAUACUAGAAGAUGGUACUAUACUUCCAAAUGUUGGUGGAUAUCUUCCUAUAAUUGAACAGGGAAAUUCAACAGCAGGAGGUUGUAGAUACAGACAAGCUAUUCCUUUAGGUCUUGGAGGAAGGCUAGAUAUUGAUACCAAUUAUGGCCUAAGGAAAGCUUUCCUACCACAGGGUAGAAGGAAAUAUUCUCCUCUUCGACAACCUACUGCCCAGCAAGUGCUGAUGGACAAAAUAUCUGCAGGCCCUAUUACUGUGUUCAUAAUAGGAGCUCAUACAAAUUUUGCCAUUUUCCUUAUGAACAAUCCACAACUAAAGAAGAAUGUUAAGCAUAUAUAUAUAAUGGGAGGUGGUGUGAGGUCUCGAAACCCAACUGGUUGUUGCGCAAAAAAUUCCAGUUCAUCUUGCCAGCCAAGACAGUGCGGUGACCGCGGAAAUCUGUUCACAGACUACACUAGCAAUCCUUAUGCUGAGUUUAAUAUCUUUGGAGAUCCUUUUGCUGCAUACCAGGUGAUCCAUUCUGGAAUACCAGUCACCCUGGUGCCCCUGGAUGCAACAAAUACAAUUCCUAUAAAUGAAGAUUUCUUUGAGACAUUUGAGAACAGCCAGCAUACAUACGAGGCACAAUAUUGCUUCCAGUCCUUGAAAAUGGCUCGUGACACUUGGUUUGAUGACCAAUUUUAUACGAGCUAUUUCAUGUGGGAUUCAUUUACAUCUGGUGUAGCAGUUUCUAUCAUGAGUAAUUUGCAUAACCAAAAUGGAGAAAAUGAGUUUGCUGAAAUGGAAUAUAUGAACAUAACCGUAGUUACUUCAAAUGAACCUUAUGGGAUAUAUGAUGGUUCAAAUCCAUUCUUCGAUGGCCGUAAAGUUCCAGUGUUUAAUCUAAAGAAAGGUGGAGUUCACAGUGGUCAUGUUCAGACAGGCCUCCGAGAUCCAUUCUGCGUUGUGCAGAAUGGGAAGGGAAGAUGCCAGGAUGGCUAUACAAAGGAGGUAACAGGUUCGCAGGGGGUACGCGUUCUCGUUGCUACGAGAGCAAAACGCAACCCAGACACUAGUAGUAAACUUGACAGAGCAUAUUUCAAGAGUUUCUUGGAUGUUCUAAAUCACCCUCAAAAAACUGGGAGGUUCAAUUUUACAACACAAUUUCCUUUUUACAAAGAAGUUCAUUACAAACCAGAUUUUAGAAGCAAGAAACUGGGAAAACCAGUUGUCUUCGACAUGGAUAUGAGUGCUGGAGAUUUUCUUGCUCUAUUCUACCUUCUUAAAUUACCUGUAGAAGUGAUCAACCUCAAGGCUAUUAUUGUGAGUCCAACCGGCUGGGCGAAUGCUGCAACUAUCGAUGUAGUUUAUGAUUUACUGCAUAUGAUGGGUCGUGAUGAUAUUCCAGUUGGUCUUGGAGAUGUAUUUGCAAUCAACCAAUCUGAUUCAAUUUUCUCUGCUGUUGGAGACUGCAAGUAUGUUAAGGCCAUCCCACAUGGAAGUGGUGGAUUUUUGGAUUCAGACACCCUAUAUGGGCUUGCUCGAAAUCUGCCACGAAGCCCCAGAAGGUAUACUGCAGAAAACUCUGCAAAAUUUGGAGCUCCUCGCGACACAGAUCACCCUGAACUUAGACAGCCUCUAGCACUCGAAAUUUGGGAUUCCGUAGUGCAAAAAUUGGAACCAGGAUCUAAGAUUAGCAUAUUAACCAAUGGACCAUUGACUAAUUUAGCAAAGAUUAUCCUGUCAAGGAAAAAUUCAAGCUCUGUGAUUCAGGAUGUGUCUGUUGUUGGAGGACACAUUAGCCAUAGCAAUUUGGACGAGGGAAAUGUCUUGACAAUCCAUUCUAAUGAAUAUACAGAAAUGAACAUUUAUCUUGACCCCUUGGCAGCAAAGAUAGUUUUUGAGUCAUCCCUGGACAUUACACUCAUUCCACUCGACGCCCAACGCAAAACAAGUUCAUUCUCCAAGAUCCUACAAAAGCUGCGAAAGACGAACAGGACCCCUGAGGCAUUGUUUGCCCUCCGUUUGCUGUCAAGGCUUUACCGGUUGCAACAAACUCACCACAGAUACCAUCACAUGGAUACAUUCUUGGGGGAAAUUCUUGGUGCAGUGGUCUUGGCUGGGGAUCCUUUGCUGAAUCCUAUCUUGCAAAUCAAGCCCAUUAAGGUCCUAGCUGAAGGUGUUGAAUCCAAAGAUGGACAAAUUGUGGUGGAUGAAAAACAAGGAAAAUUGGUGAAAAUAUUGGAAAGUGUAGACCCUGUAGUAUAUUAUGAUGUUUUUACAAUGCAAUUGGGAGUUAAGAACCAAUCCGCUGUCGUAGGAAGCUUCGAGGAGCAAAGGAGAAUGUGGAGUUCACAACCAAAUUCUUGAAAUCAUAGUAAUGGAUUGGACUAAUUAUUCUUAUAGCAGAAAGUUACUCGAUUUCCUGGUAAGAUACAGAAGUUUCAUUCUUAUCACUAGAAAAAGAAAUAGCUUAGGAAACAUGAAGACAUACCAUUGAAAAGUUACUUCUUUGAUUCUCUUGUUGGAAUUAAAUUGUCUGCAAUCCCACAGUUCAAGUUAGAAAUGUACGACCUGUAAACACUACAAAAAUAUGAAGAUGUUCAUGACUGGCUUUGAUUUUUAUUA